AUGAAUACCCGAAGUAAAGAACGUGAGCAAGUUGACAGUCGAUUGUUAUCACCAGAUCGUAGUGACGAUAAAAUUGAGUCUGAGCUUACUAGCGAGACAAAUUCACGCGACAUUGUUGCCGAACUCGCUACAAAUCUGCACAAAAUUUCAUUUGGUGAACCUUCAAACGUGUCGGUCAAUUCGAAGAUCACGAGUUCAAAUCAGCUCAGAGAAGCAUUACCAUUGAUUUGCAAUGAAGUUUUUCGAGUUCUUGGUCCAUAUAAUCUCGAAGCGACAUAUCAGCGAGCUUUGGCUUUAGAGCUACAAGAUCGAGGUGUGACGGUUUUGUCAGAAGUGGUGCUUCCAAUUGAGUAUAAAGGACAACAAAUAGCUACUCGACGUGUUGAUCUAUACUUGAAACUUGAAAAGCCUGUGAUUCUCGAACUAAAAGCAGUCACAGCUGGACUUAAAUCGGACCACAUGAGACAGCUCAAGUUCUACAUGACCCAUCUCGACGUGAAUGAAGGAUAUCUCAUUAACUUUCCACAUAUCUCAGGCUUUCCUGAUGAAAGUCGGACACAGUACAUUGAGCACGUGUUACAACCGGAAGGUGGACUUGGAGUCAGUGACCGUGUCACUAGAUCGUCAACAAUUCGUAAAGGUGCAAUCGCUAAUAUUAUUCAUGUCCAAGUGAAGAAGACAGAUUCGAUUUGUGUUAUACGCUAG